GUCACUGCGUUUAGGGCGUGGCUUCGGCUCCGGGCGCCUCAAGGAGACUUGGGGACGCCCGCACCACUCCUUUUGAGUGCCUGGGUGCCGCGGCCGCCGCGUGAGUCUGCUGCACUCCAUGAGGAAGAUGCUUGCCGCUGUGUCCCGCGUGUUGGCAGGCGCUGCGCAGAAGCCGGCAAGCCGAGUGCUGGUUGCUUCCCGUAACUUUGCAAAUGAUGCUACAUUUGAGAUUAAGAAAUGUGACCUUCAUCGGCUAGAAGAGGGCCCUCCAGUCACCACAGUGCUCACCAGAGAGGAUGGGCUCAAGUACUACAGGAUGAUGCAGACUGUGCGCCGGAUGGAGCUAAAGGCGGAUCAGCUGUAUAAGCAGAAAAUUAUUCGUGGUUUCUGUCACUUGUGUGAUGGUCAGGAAGCCUGCUGCGUGGGCCUGGAGGCUGGCAUAAACCCCACGGACCAUCUCAUCACCGCCUAUCGAGCGCAUGGCUUCACCUUCACUCGAGGCCUACCCGUCCGAGCAAUCCUUGCAGAGCUAACAGGACGAAGAGGAGGUUGUGCUAAAGGGAAAGGCGGGUCAAUGCACAUGUACGCCAAGAACUUCUAUGGAGGCAAUGGCAUUGUUGGAGCUCAGGUGCCCCUGGGAGCAGGAAUUGCUCUGGCCUGCAAGUACAAUGGAAAAGAUGAGGUCUGUUUGACAUUAUACGGCGAUGGUGCUGCUAAUCAGGGUCAGAUAUUUGAAGCUUACAAUAUGGCAGCACUGUGGAAAUUACCUUGCAUUUUCAUCUGUGAAAACAACCGCUAUGGAAUGGGGACAUCUGUCGAGAGAGCAGCAGCCAGUACGGACUACUACAAAAGAGGAGAUUUUAUUCCUGGACUCAGGGUAGAUGGAAUGGAUAUCUUGUGUGUCCGAGAGGCAACAAAGUUUGCAGCUGCCUAUUGCAGGUCUGGUAAGGGGCCCAUCCUGAUGGAGCUACAGACUUACCGCUACCAUGGACAUAGCAUGAGUGACCCUGGAGUAAGCUACCGCACUCGAGAGGAGAUCCAGGAAGUAAGAAGUAAGAGCGACCCUAUCAUGCUUCUCAAGGACAGAAUGGUGAACAGCAAUCUUGCCAGUGUCGAAGAAUUAAAGGAGAUUGAUGUAGAAGUGAGGAAAGAAAUCGAGGAUGCUGCCCAGUUUGCCACGGCUGAUCCUGAGCCACCACUGGAGGAACUAGGCUAUCACAUCUACAGCAGUGAGCCUCCCUUCGAAGUGCGUGGUGCCAACCAGUGGAUCAAGUUUAAGUCAGUCAGUUAAUGGGAGACUGUUAGAUGGAUGGGUGUUCCUCAUCCAGGGUAAGGAACUCUUUGUGUUCUCAACUUUGACAGGAAAUACCCAGACAACAAAAGUCUUGAAAACAUGUAAAUUAAGGGAGAGUAAAAUUGCAUGCAGUUUGUACAUUGUGGUAUUCGGUGUAUUCAUGUGAAUAAGAGUGUAUUAGAUUUGUAUAGGAUUUGAGAUGGGUAAUGCAGAGUUUAUAACCAUCCAUUAUAUCCUGGGUUAGGUCCUAAAAGGCACAACUCUGCCGUUUGGUGGUGUGAUCAUUUCUAUGAAUGCCCUCAUGGAGGCCUGCUGGGGAAAUGCAAAGCAUAGGUAGGAGUGUAGCAGCCACCAGGAAUUGUGGAGGCUGGCCUGGGUUCAGCACGGACCAUCAUGUCUCUGAUCAAAGGCUAUACAAAAUCAUGUGUUUUAAAAUAAGGGUACUUCAGUCACUUCAAGGUAAAAUAAUUUAAUUUUUUCCAUAGACAUUUAACAAACAUGAAAUUGUACUCCCAUUGCAAGGCACACUUUUUAACCUUUCACAUUUAAGUAAUUACACUAGUUUAUAAAAUACAUAUGCUUUAAUCUUUCCAGCGAUAUGCUGACUUUUUAAAUAUUAGGUCAGGGUUGACAUUACUUACAAUCUUGUUUAUAAACAAGGAUGCUCUAAAAUCACACGUGCUUGAAUGAACUGAACAAGGGUCUUUCUGUGUAAACUCGGCAUUUGUGUGUACGCUAGCAGAAGCUUUAAUCAUGAGCAGGUGUAGGGUAUUUUUUGCUUGGCUCCUUGUGAAGACUCCUGCAUUUGUCGUCGGUGCUGGGAGACCGCAUGCCAGAGCCUACAGAGGACACCACCACUGCAAAACNAAUCAUUUGCAUAAGAAAAGCAAACUUGAAGCCAGCCAUCUACUCUUUAAAUGUAAUCUCUACUUCAAAGCAUGGCGCCUUUCUCUGGACAUGGUACCAUAGGAAUGCUGGUGGCUCUGUGUAGANNUGUAGACAUUUAAACAAGAGUGUAAAGAAAGGUCUAUCACUUCAUGCCUUGCNACCUUGAACCUGAGAAAAUGAGCUGUGUUUGCUGUGACAUAGGGAAGAUUUUUGAAGUAUUCACAUGCUGAACUAUUUAUUCCCCCAAACUGUUGGGAGGCUCACUUACCGUAGUCUGAGGCACCUUAGGUCGUCCUUAGUGAUAUCAUUGAGGAUAUCAGAAAGUGUAUAAUCCUCUUCAACAAUCUGAAAGAUUCAAUGUAUGGAUAAGCAGCUUUUCAACAAUAUCAUAGGAAUACUUUGAUUUAGAAAUUUACCUUCUCUAUUGUAUUGGCAUCCACUCCUUGUAGUUGCAGCCAGUCUAUAAGCUCUCUGUCGGUUCCCAGUCCGUCAGGGGGUGGUGGGUUCUCUGUACCACCUAUAAUGAUUCCAAUUUUUAUUGUAUAAUAAUGUAUAACCAUAAAAUGCUUCAAAAGUAACCAAGUGGAUGUAAUGAUGUAUCCCAGCAGAAGUGUAAAUGUGAUGUGAAAAGGAAAUGAAUUAAACUUGUUUGAUUCAA